AUGGAGCCGUUCUCGUUUGCGAGCUCGGAAACAGUGCACUUUCCCGUCAAGAUCCGCAUAAUAAAUCUUGAUGGCGACGAGGCCCCAUUUCUCUUUUCAACGCUUCUCGACAAACCCGAGCUUCGUCACAUAGGAUCGAAUACAAGCCCCCAUUCCGAUCUAUAUGUUACCGUGCAGGUCUGGGCUGGUUCCAAACCUCUGACUGUGCCCAUACAAACCUCAUACAAAGCCUUCCGAACCGAGAGGAGAUGGAACGAGUGGCUUACCUUACCGAUCAACUACUCGACUCUUCCAAUCAACUCAUAUCUCGCCAUCACGAUCUGGGACCUCUCUCCGACUGGUGGCGAUAACGCCCAAGGCCAUGCGAUCCCCUUUGGAGGCACGACCCUACCUCUCUUUGACAAGGAUAAUCAGGUCCACAAGGGCCGCCAAAAGUGCCAUGUCCACAGACAUAAAACUGCCGAUGGCAGCGAUAAUACAACCACUCCUGCGCGGCCUGACAAACCAAAGACGGGCAAGAGGGACGAGACCAUUAUCGUGGACAAGGAUGCCGAGGAGAUGGACCGCAUGGAAGUUCUCUUCAAGAAACAUGAGAUGGGCGAGAUACCAAAAGUGGAAUGGCUCGAUCAGCUUGUGUUCAGAGGGUUCGAGAAGCGCAAUGCCCAGGUUGCCAGGACCUCAGUGAAGGACCUGCAGAGAGCACGGGCGCAUAAAGAGCUUACAGCCGCCAGGAAGGAUGAAAAGACAGACAGGCUUGAGAACGGGGUGGAGCAGAGCCCUGGGCCUUCCAAGUUCACACUCAACGUGGAGUUACCUCGCUUCGAUUUCCCUGUCGUCUUCGCAGACCACGAGUACCCGCCACCCCCGAUAUCCUCGUUACAGCACAUGUCGGCGUCGCAAUCCCACAUUCAGCUAAAACCCCCGCCCGAAGUCAUGUAUGGCCCCGGUAUUAACGGGGUGGGUGACUCGGACGGAGUCGGCGGCCGACUCAUCCGGGUGUACGAUCCAGAAGUUGGCCACCGUGACAACCCGGCAGAGAGCAAGCACAGGAGGCUCGUGAGAAGUCAACAUAGACACGGCAUCAUGGAUAAAGACCUCAAGCCCAACGCGAAGACCCGAGACGAGCUCAACAACAUCCUGGAGUAUUCGCCGACACAACCACUGUCCCCCGAGGAGAAGGACCUGGUGUGGAAAUUCCGAUACCAUCUGACCCGUGACAAGCGAGCUCUCACUAAAUUCGUCAAGUCUGUCAACUGGACAGACCAGAGCGAGUCGAAGCAGGCCGUCCAAGUGCUCGCUAAAUGGACCGAUGUCGAUGUCGACGACGCUUUAGAACUACUCGGCCCGACCUUCGACAACACGGCCCUGGUGCAGGCGCUCAAGUUCGAGCACAUAUCGACUGACUCGAACCAGGAUGCAAUACAAGACUCGUCACUCGCUCGAUUUCUCAUAAGCCGCGCAGUCAGCAACUUCAUCCUAGGUAACUACUUUUACUGGUAUGUCAUGGUGGAGUGCGACGAUACCAGCGACGAGCAGCCACCGGAGGUCAGAAAGAUGUUCCAGAAGAUUGCAUAUGACUUCAUGGCCGAGCUUGUGAAGCAGCCUGACGGCCAGGAGACGAGGAAAACUCUGCUGCGGCAGGCCGAAUGGAUCGCCAUCUUAUCCAAGAUCUCGACGGAGAUCAAGCUGUCAAACGAGACGGUUCCUAGGAGGACCGAUCGCGUCAAGCACUUCCUUGCAGAUCCGAAGAAUGAGCUCGUCACCAUCGACCCGCCGCUACCCCUGCCUCUGGACCCGUCCGUACAGAUCGUGGGUGUGGCUCCACAAGAGACAGUCGUGUUCAAAUCAUCGCUGCAUCCCAUCAAGGUGGCGUUCAGGACCACAACGGGGUCGACCUACCCCGUCAUUUUCAAGACAGGAGACGAUCUGCGGCAGGAUCAGCUCGUGAUCCAAAUCAUCACACUAUUCGACCAGCUCUUGCUGAAGGAGAACCUCGACCUCAAGCUCACACCAUAUAGGAUUCUAGCCACGAGCUCCAGUGCAGGACUCUCACAGUUCAUCCCGUCGAUGCCCCUCCAGGCCAUUGUGACCAAGUACAAGAAUAAGGGCCCGGUGGCGUUGACAUACCUCAAGCAGAAUAAUCCAGAUGACAAUGCGCCUCUCGGGAUCCGUAAAGAGGCCAUGGAUGCGUUUGUGAGGUCAUGCGCAGGGUACUGCGUGAUCACAUACAUCCUGGGCGUGGGCGAUCGCCACCUGGAUAACCUGCUGCUGGCACCGGACGGCCACUUCUUUCACGCAGACUUUGGAUUCAUUCUGGGCCGUGAUCCGAAGCCUUUUGCGCCGGCCAUGAAAAUCUCCAACGAGAUGGUGGAGGCCAUGGGCGGGACCAACAGCGAGCAGUACAACCAGUUCAAGCAAUACUGCUUUUUGGCAUAUUCAGCCCUGCGCAAGUCGAGCAACCUGAUCCUGAAUCUCUUCAGCCUGAUGGUGGAUGCCAACAUCCCGGAUAUCAGGCUCGAGCCGGACAAGGCGGUUGUCAAGGUCAAGGAGAGGCUGCAGCUAGAGCUGAACGAGGAGAACGCGCUGCGCCAUCUCGCGAGGGUCAUUGAUGAUAACCUGUAUGCGUUCUCGGGCGUCAUGAUUGAUCGAUUCCAUGCGAUGACGCAGGCUUUCAGAGCCUAA